UCCUGCUGCGAUCCCGUGUGCAGACUUGCCCCCCUCACCCCUGCUGGGGUCCUGCUGUGGUUCCCUGUGCUGAUUUCCCCUUCCCCCUUGGCUAGGUUCCUGCUGUGAUCCCUGUGCUGACCACCUCUCCCCAGCUGGGGUCCUGCUAUGAUUUCCCCCAAAAUAGCUCUCAGGCUGCCCCCUCAUAUUUGAUGUAUGUCUCUCCCGAGUGCAGUUCUACUCCCUCCCCGCUGCCUGGUGGUUGUAACAGUGUGGCUAUAAAAGGUUAACAUCUGGGGGCGGGAAGGGUGCUCUUUUUCCUGCCUCGCUCCCAUGAUCAUCCCCGCAGUGCUGCAUAGGAAAGAGAAAUGAGUGAAGAGGGCCAGAGAGCGGACUAGCCUGUGCCCAGCCCUGCCUUGAGGAGUAGCUCCCGCCUUGCGGAUAGGGCCUCCGGGAUCCAGUCUCGGGGAGAUGGAGCGCCGCCGGCACCGCUGGCAGCUGGUUCGCAGGCACUUCUGUCCCAUGGUGUAAUCUGGAGCCUGGAUGGAGGUUGGGGAGGAGAUUCUCCCCACCACUCAGUUGUGGGGAGAGCUCCUGUGUCCCACACAGAAGCAGCACACCAUUCCCAGCUGACUCAGGAAGGCUUGGGGCCCCUGGGAGGCAGAAGGUCGGCAUGGAGGGGAACUCGCCUAUGGAGAAGAGAAGAGCCGUGAAGGGCUCGAAGCAGCAUGGCAAGAAGGCCAGUAGGAGCAACCUCCCCACUGAGAGUGCCGAGCCCAGCACCGACCAGCCUGUCCGAGUGGCCUUGGAGCCAGCGGGGCUGCGAGGGGAACCAGGCAGGGCCACUUACUCUAUUCUGGAGGGCAAGGUGAAGGCUCUGAAGGAGAAGAGGUUGACCGUUAAGCAGGGAGGAGCAGUGUCCCAGGAAUGGGCCUCUCUGAAGAAGCCCAAGGCCAGGAAAGGGAAGCUUGCGCCAGGUCCGGCAGUGGUGGAGGGGGUCCCCCAGGACGCAGUGGUGGAGCCACGGGCUCAGAUCCGCACUUACCUGACGGACGUGCUGCUAGACAGCCAUGACGAUGUGGACUUUGGGCAGGGUGCCAGGGCGCCUGUGGCUGCAGACCUUUACGCUGACAAUGUAGAUGCUCUGAAGACUCAGAGAACAGUGGGAGGAGGCAGUGCCUUGGGCUGUGAUUCAGCUGAGGAACUCUGGAGGCUCCCAAGCCCAGGAAGGAGCUUGCAGGAGAAUGCUGACUACUGCUCAGAAAACAGGGCCCAAAGGGGCUCCCCAAAUGAGCUUUGGGGCACCAGCUCCAUUAGGAAUCUUCCCUCAAGCAGCCAGAAAUCUUCCCUUGAAGACUAUGGCAAACCAGCCCCCUUUGGAGAAGAGCUGGCUCAGGGUAGGGACUUGGAGAGCCUCCCCCUGGCUCAAAAGGAUGAUCUGUGCAGGGGGUUAGCCCCAUCAGGGCGGCUGUGGAGGGCUGAGAGCUGGGACAGCCUUGGCAGUGCUGCCAGUGUUGCCAGCGGGCUGUCUCUGGCUGAGCGGGUGGAGAGGAACCGGGCUGUGCUCCAGGAGAUGCUGAGCCUGUCGAGGCAGAACCGCUCUUCUCUGGAGCCUCAUCGCUAUGUGAAGGAAGCACUCAUGCUAGCGAAGGAUGGAGCCGCUCAAGAGCUGCUGGUGAAUGACCUGGACUGGGACUCUGGGAUCUCACUGCAGGACUCAGAAGCGUACAGGGCCUUUGUUCCCACUCAGGAGCUUGAGCUGAGCCCCAGGCAUGAGCAGGCCAAGCAGCUGCUGCAGAGAGCCCGCAUGAAGGCCAGGACGAGCCCUCUCCGAGCCAGCCACGACAUCCUUCCUGCUGUUCCCCAGGCCAAGCGGGAUGCGGGUGGGACCACCGCUCCAGAACUGAAGAAGAGCUAUGCUAUGAGGGAUGGGGAGGCCCACAUCAGUGGGAACCUGAGUGACUCCUCCAGUGGGGAAUCCAGCUGCGGGCAGGCCAGGAAGCGAGGGCUGUCCCCAUCCCGUGUGCGCUUUGAGGACGAGUCUCUCCGGGAUGCCGAAGUUCGCUAUUUGGAGAGGUUGCAACUGCGCCAAAAGCGGGUCUUGGACUCAGUCCUCUUGACUUUGGGACAGAGCCCACUGGUCUCCAAGCCAGACCUUUCAGAUUACAUCAGUGGGGACUUCCACCGCAAGGAGAAUGGGGUCAGUAAAGCCUGCAAGGAGCAGCAGAACCGUGGGCAGGCUGCAGGGACAUCUGUGCACCUGGCCAGCAGGGGGCGCUCUGAGAAGGCUGGGCCCACUGCGCUGAGUGCAGAGGGGAAGUGCAGAGCCUGUGGCUCCUAUCUCAGGGGCUCAGCAGCUAAUCAGAACAUGGACCUCAGGGCUGAUCAGACCGUUAAGCCCCUAUUGGAGGGCCACAGCGUAACUCAGGAAAACAAAACAAUCAUCACCGGGGCUGAAAGUGGGGAGCCAAGUGCUUCCCAGCAGGAGGCGAGAGGAAGGACUUUGGGCCCAAGGGGGUCUCCCCUCUGGAUUCUUCCUUCCUGGCAGCGCGUUCAUACGGAGCGGAUCAGGGAGACAUAUAUCGGGGAUGUCACGUACAUAGACGACGUGGACUCAGCUCUAGACAGCACCGAUACAUCUGACAGCUGCAGAACUGACAGCGAAGAGGCUGGGCCAGGGAGCUGCCACCCCCAGGGUUACCAGGAUUCCAGAGGCUGCUGGCCUGGUGGGCAUCAAGCUCCUAGGGGAACUUGUGUUCCGGAGAAGGAUGCGAGGGGUAGGAAGGCGGGCCAGGAGGAGUGCAGGGUGAAUGAUGGCAGUGGAGGGACCAGGGUCUCUGACAACGUGCUUUGUACUGGCAGGGCUGCCAUUGGUGAGAACGUCAGUGAGGAAAGAAACUCCAGCUUGAAGGACACCCUCGUGCUAAAAGAGGGUCAGGUGACCAAGCCAACAGGCAAUGAGGUAGAAGCACUUUCCAAAAGUGACCAACUCCCAGCUGCACCUCGGCUGGCUGGGAAGAACAGUGGUGAUGCAGUGCUUGGCCCUGUCCAGCGGGGACAUGUUCACCCUCUGCCCUCUGCCCAGGGUCAGCCGUCAGCACCAUCAAUCCCAGGCAACAGAGGCACACUGGAAAACUCUGCUCCCGCCCCUCAGCCAGCCAACAACUUCAGCCAACCCAGACCAGCAACAGGCAUCUCCCAACAACAAGCAAAGCAGGGGGCACCAUGCUACAACUUGCUGGCUCGGGUCCCUGCCCCGCCACCAACUCGGAAAGCUUCCUCCCCUGUGCCUUACAGGAAGGCCGUCCUGACGGGUAGCUACAAGCUGACAGGCCACAAAACUGGGUGCCUGGACCAGACCAGUGACCUGGUGACUCGUCCCACUUCUCCUCCCAGCAAGUGUGGGUCUGUGCCGGAGGAGCAGAAAAGCCAGCACAGCCCAAAAGUGCUUUCCAAGAGCCGACUCCUGGCCUUGUCCACUAAUAACUGCAACAACACAUGGGCUCAGCGUCAGCAUGAUGGCCAGGCUGCCAGCGUGGCUCUGAGCCACAGAGAGCAGGCCGUGAGUGUCCAGAAACUGCCUGCUUCCUUGGGAGACAGUAAAGGUCCAUCCUCAGCAGCAGCUCCCUCUGCUGCUCCCAGCGCCAUCAGCUCAGCGGGCAUCACCCUCUCCCAGGCAGCUGAGGAUACCGAGCCCACCCAGUCUGGUCGAUUAUCCAGAGGGGAAGCGCCAGUGUCUGGGUCACAGCAAGCAAAGCCGUUUGCAGAAGGGAGCAAACUGCUGGAUGCCCACCCAGAGCCAAAGAAGCCGUCAGCCUCUGCAGCAAGCAGGAAAGGAGGGGGCUCUUCCACAUCGGGGCUGAAAAAGUUCUUCUGCACCCUCAGCCAGAGCACCAAGCAGAAACUGGGCAGGUUCCGGUGCUACAGCAUGGAUCAGAUUCCCACGGAGGCGCCAAGCCUGGCUCCACCCCCAGAAGCCAAGGCAGAUGCCGCUGAUUGCUCUGAUUUGAAGAAAGCACCUUCCCUGCAGUCACUGCGCCUGGUGUCACCCUUCUGCCAACUGAGGAAAGCUUCUUCGGUACAGAACCUGCAUUCUCUCCUGGGCAAGACUGACCGUUCCAGCUUUUAUCUGGAGGGCAAGCCAGGGGAAAGCAAAGCAGCUGACAGGAAAGCAGGUGCCCCGCCCCGGCGUUCCCUCAGCGUGGAGGACAUUGGCGCCCCUGACUUGGUGCGAACAGUUGGGCGGGUGGUAGAAGUCUUUCCGGAUGGAACCAGUCAGCUGGAGCUGCAGCGCCCCCCACAGGGCACUUUUGGGUUCCGUGUCUCCUCAGGGAAUGGUCGACCUGACACAGGCAUCUAUGUCCAGGAGAUGGCAGACACCAGCACAGCCAAGCUGUACGCAGGACUCCUUGGAGUGGGGGAUGAGAUCCUGGAGGUGAAUGGUGCCAAGGUCACCAGGCUCGGCCUGGCCCACAUCAGUGAACUGCUGUUAUGGGCCGACACCCUGUCCAUCCGAGUGCUCAAGCAGAGACCCCCCAAGCGGUAGCAUGGAGGAGGCCAAGGUCCUGCUGAGUUGCACCCAGGAAGCACGAUGCUACGCAGUGUUCAGUGGCCUCGCUGAACAAGGAGAGACCAGCAUGUGGGUGAAGCCCCUGCUGCCUCAUGGGGCGCUGCAGGGACACAGUCCUUGGCAUGGAGCCCAACUCCUGCUGCUAGGAGAUGCCGUUGUGACUGGAAAGAUGCCUGAUGCCACAGGCAGUGCUGUCUCCGUGUCGGGGACCUUUCUGUGCUAAAUAGUGAGCGCGUGCAAAGUUGUGACAGACAGUGCGGAUUCCUGUCCGUGGCCAAGGGACUGUCAGGGCGAUGUCUGCUUCACAGCCUCUGUCUCUGUUGGGCGGGCUGGUGCACCAAGCAGCUCAUGCACGCUAGUCCAGCAGAAAUAAUGGGCGGUGCUGCUCUGCCUGGGCCGCUCGGCUCCCCUGCGGUGAGUAUUACUGGCCGGGGCUCUGCACCCAAACAUGCUGAGUAGCAUUCAGGGGCAAGACUUACUGUGCAAUAUUUUGUUCCCCAAUAUUUUCCAGCUUGGGGCAGACGGGGGUCUUAUUUUCUGCUCUCAUCCACCACACAGUGACUGCCUGCAAUGCGGGAGGGAUCUGUGACCUGCCAGCUCAGUCCCUGCUGUUCCCAGUGGCCAAACAGCAGGGGGCGCUGCCUGAUCAGCAUAUCUAUCAGAGGCUCCCAUGGUGGGGGCCUGACAGCACCAGUGUCUUCAGCUCUGAGCGCCAGCCUGGCAGCUGUGCAGCAAGAACCCAUGGCUGCCGUGCAGUGCCGCCCUCUCGCCAGGUCUGCCUUUGUGCCCUGGGUGCAGUCAGUCCCUCUCCGGUUGCCUCCUGUCACCGAACCAACAGGUUUCCCACUGGCUCCUUGGUGCCAGUCUGAGAUGAAGGCCAAUGUCAUUCCUCGGCUAACUCAUGCUGGCGAAAUAAAGGGUGGGACAUAGAGCCCUGCUGGAUGUGCUGAUGGGACCCGUUCGGCCUGACGAGGGGCUUGUUUAACCAGUGUUGGAAACCUCUGUAUGUUCAUCAUUGUGUUUCUCUUAACUUAUUAAAAAUCUCUGAUAGAAACUCUCCACACCCUGUACCUGAGUUAUUGGAGCAGGUGUGAGUGGGAGGCAAGGGAACGGGCCUGUUAGUGUUUGUGGGCAGUGCUCUGAGAGUGGCCAGGUCAGGACCAUGUUUACUGAUGGGGAUGCGGUGCCCUAAGAGGGGCAUGUAGAUACAUUGGUGGGGGGGGGGCGAGCGAGGUAAGCUGGUGUUGGUCGGGAUACGCAGCGCUGGGAGAGAUAAGGAUAUGAGCAGGAAGGAGGAGCAGCCAGUCUCGGCAUCUGUCAAAGAAAGCCAUCCCACAGUGGGGAGGGUCCCUGGUUCACAGGGUGGAUGGGAGGCUGGGAGCCAUAGAUCUGGGGGAAGGGUAGCAGGACGGCUGAGUCUGGGUGUGGGGGAGUGUAGUGUGGCUAGGCCGUGGUUUGUCCCUCAGCGGGGCUGUGGGGUACCCCUCCGCCUCGCUCUAGUUCGCCGGCCAGUGGCUCUGCUAUCGGGGGGAAUAACACACUCGGUUAGGGGGGUUCAGACCCUGGGACGGGGCUGAGUCAAUAGUCCGAAACCGGCCCAGGCCCUAGGUCAGGGCGGGACAACAAACACUGAGUCAGAAUGCUCAGGCCCUCAGGCAGGGCUGAGCAGUAGUCAUAGGCUUCGGCCUCCUCAGGCCAGGGGAAGGGAGAGUCUGCCACCUCGGAGUGGGGUGGCAGGGGGGACGCAGGCCCUCCCACUCCACUGCGUCCCAGCCUGGGGCCCUAGCAGCGGCAGAGACUUGCUGCUGUCAGUGGGAUCCUGGUCGCAACACACUGACAUUGGCUCUGGCAGUGUUGCAGCCAGACUGGGGUCGGCUGCCCCCAGGCUACUUCCACACUCCCCCUUGUAGGGUACCUGAGUCGUCGUAGCGUCACUGGCGGUCUCAAACACCAUCGGUUCCUCUGGGUAAGUAACGGAUGGUAGGCUCAGCAGCUCCUCGGAGUAGCUGGCAAGAGGCAGGCUCAGCCCUUCCUGGGGGUAGCUGGAGCGGGGUGGUCCCGGCCAGUCCUCCUCAGGGUAGCGAGCGCGGGGCAGGCUCGCCUGGCCGGGUGUGAGCUCCGGCUGGCAGCGACCGCAGACGUCUGGCCCCUGUGGUGGCUGGGCCUCGACUGAGCUCUGCAGGUGAGCUUUAACACUUCCGGGUCUGCGCUGUGCCCUCUGAGGGGCAGGCGCAGGACCCAGCGGCUCCGCUCACGGUGGUGGUAGGGGAGGUUCGUCCCUCUGCGGGGCUGUGGGGUAUCCCACCGCCUUGCUACAGGGGACUGCAGUCCGGUUAUGGGGCUGGAGCAGCAGGAACCUUAAGUCACUUAAAGAGGGACGUGGUUGUGGGGUUAGUCUGUUUAGGAACAAGCAGUGCUGCGCAGUAAGCCCCCUGUCAGAGGUUAGUCUGGCAAGUCGAUAGGGUUAAUGGCUAGAAACCAGAGUCCUACUAGAAGUGGGGCUGAAUUGGUGCAAGUCCCAGAGAAAGGCCGGAUGACAGGCAGCUGGUCUGGCAGCUCCAUGUGCAGGGCAAUGCAAAUUGUGGGCUUGGAGACCUCCCAGCCUGCGGAGCUCAAAUGGUGGGGGACACAUCAUGCAAGGACUUACUGGUGUUUAGUCAUUUGUGGAUGUGACAGUUUUGCUUGGGACACCAGAACCAGCACAAUCUGGUCCCUGGGACUGCAUAGGAUGAGCCAUGGAAAGGUGGCCAGAGUGAAGAAAGGGCUCUGGUAUACUGUGAACUAAUCUAAUGGGAUGAAAUAUCAGAGGGGUGCCAUGUU